GCGAAAACUCUGUCUCAAAAAAAGAAAAAAAUUAAAAAUUAGCCAGACAUGAUUGCACACACCUAUAGUCCUAGCUACUUGGGAGGUUGAGGUGGGAGGAUUGCUUGACCCCAGGAAUUGGAGAAAUGAGACAUCACUGUGCCGCUGCACUCAAGCCUGGAUGACAGAGCAGGACUCUCUCUCAUUAAAAGAAAGAAAAAGAAUUCUUUCUGGGUCAGUGGGUCAGAGGCAGUGAGGUCACCAGGCAGAGUAGCUUCAGGACCAGGUGGGAGCGGCCCAUUGUGACCUCCCUGGUCUCACCUAGGCCUUUGUGACUGUCGCCUGGGGCAGCUUGGGAGCCAGUGGGUUGCCCAGAUAAGAGGGUGGUAGGUUGGGCCAGGCCAGAACUCGGACCUGGGGUCAGGAAGGGGUUGCAGGGAGGGAUGCAGGGGCUGAAAACCCUGGGCCCAGGUGGCCACCCCCACCCCCAGUGUCCCCCAGCCCCAGCCCCAGCCUCCAGCAGCCAUGGAGGAUGCCUGGAGCAACCCUGCCUGGGCCCCAUCUCCUCUGCUCACUUAGUGCAGUCCCAGAGACCUUUCCCAGUCCCAGAGACAGAGGGCAGGGGGCCCAGGGUGGAGGGCGAGACUCCCAGGACCUUUCUGUCUAGUGAGGAGCAGAGAAUGAGAGACCUUGAGGGGCCAAGACAAGGAGACCUGGAGGCGGGGCUCCGGUGGGCCAGGCCCCUGCACCCAGGGACAAACCAGGGGGCUUCCAGGCAGGUGGGAUCCACUGGCUUGGGGCCCAGACCCUGCCCAUGCCCACCCCUGUCGCCGGAGGGAGGGGCCCUGGCCUCGCCCAGGGCAGCCCUCUCCCAGCUGCAGUGCGGGCCGCUGGGCUCUACAGAACAGUCCUUCCUGCAGCUGGAACAGGAGAACCACAGCCUGAAAAGGCAGAACCAGGACCUUCAGAAGCAGCUGGGGGCCCUCCUGGGGCCGGGGAAGCAGUUCCUGCCCCUGUGUCCUGAACACUCAGGCUGUACCUCCCUGGCCUGGACCCCAGAGCCAGCCAGCAAGCAGCCCCUGGGGGACAGGGUGCCUCUGCAGCUACUUCGGCAGGGGCUGUGCCAGGGGCAAGAGGCCUUCGUGCAGCAGUCCCAGGAGCUGCAGCAGAUCCGCCUGUGCUUCGAGAGGAAGAAGACGGUCAUCACAGAGGUGUGGGACAGCGUGGCUGAGGUGCACACGGCCCUGAACAACCAGGCCACCGGGCUCCUGAACCUCAAGAAGGACAUCCGGGACGUGCUGGACCAGAUGGAGGACAUCCAGCUGGAGAUUCUGGGGGAGCGGGCCCAGUGCCGCACUCAGGCCAGGAAGGAGCAGCAGAUGGCAAGCAUGGCGGCUGCUGACCCUGAGGUUGCUACUGGGGGCCCUGCUGGUCUGGACCUCUGCCUACGUGUACGUGGUGAACCCCACACCCUUCGAGGGGCUGGUGCCACCCCUGCUGAGCCGCGCCACUGUCUGGAAGCUCCGGGCCCUGCUGGGCCCCUUCCUGCACCUCGAGGUGGACGGCUUCCUGCCCUUCUAGGCCGGAGGCCAAGUGGCCACAGUGAGGAGGAGGCCAGGCGGCCAGCACUGUCCCAGAUGCCCAGUGGCCGUGCCAGCCCCCACGGCACCAGUGUGUACCGUCCAAGCCAGGAGCUGCAGAGAAGGGUGGAGGCGGGGUCUGUCCUGAGGACUGGGCCUGCAGCUGGACAUAGAGUCAUGACAUACCUGGCCUAUGAGCGUGUCUCUGUGGAAAUCGGGGAAGGGACGCCCGGGCAAUCCAGCAGCAAGGGUCCCUCUGGGUGGAGACCCCAGCCUCAGGGCUGGCUUCCCACCCACAUCCCACCUGCCCUCCAGAAGGCAGGCCCUCCACAUGGGGCCGUGACCCCCCAGGGCAUCUUAGGAGGGUCUCCCCUGAAAGGAAACAGCAGGACUGAGGGGGGGUCCUCAGGUCUUCCCCGCAGGCCAGGCCCUCCUGGAGACAUCAGAGGUCAGGUUUUCAGCGCUGAGCCUGCUGACCAACUGACCUCAUGCCCCUCAGGCAACCCCCCUCCCCGCCUGGCCAGCACCCACCCUGCCCAGGUCCUGUCACCCUCCCGACCCAGGGCCCAGUCCAGUCCCGGGAACCACAUUGCUAGAGAGAGCUGUGGAGAUCAACACCAAAAUUUUAUUUGGGGAAUUGGCAGGGGUACCCUUAAGAACAACAGCUUUGUGGCUUUCUCAUCCCAAAAUGGGAGAAAUAGAGCCACAGCCCAGGGUGGACCCAGGGACAGGGACCCUGUGCCAGAGAAGGGCUGGCCAGAGUGCCACUGUGCUGCAGGCCAUGCCAACUGCUGGAGGACACAGGGCUUGGGCCAUGGGCCCUCACCUCCCAGUGGCAUCGUCUCUGGGUGCAGGCAGCCCCAGUGGGGCCUGGGCAGAGCUGGCCACGACCACAGGACCUUGGUGGCAGGCAGGGGUCAAUGGCUCACCAGGCUGGAGGCUCCAGGAAGUUAA